AUGCUAAGACAAAACAUUGCCCGUAUAACGUUUAGAAGGUUCAAGCACCAUGUACUUGGAAUUGACUUGGGAACCACUAAUUCUGCUGUUGCAGUUAUGGGAUCAGAUCAAGAGCCACAGAUCAUUGAAAACGAAGAAGGCAAACGUACUACACCAUCAAUUGUGGCAUUCAGCAAAGAAGGCGAAACCUUAGUUGGUCUUCCUGCAAAGAGACAAGCUGUAGUAAACCCCGAAAACACCUUUUUUGCAACAAAGAGAUUAAUUGGGAGAAAGUUUGAGGAUACCGAAGUGCAAAGGGAUUUAAACAAUGUUCCUUAUAAGAUUAUCCCUAGCAAACAAGGUGAUGCAAUGUUGAGCUCGCAUAGUGGACAAACCAUAUCACCAUCUGAAAUCGGGGGACUUAUUUUGCAAAAGUUACAGAAAGUUGCUGAAAAUCAGUUGAAAGAAAAGAUCAACAGUGCUGUUGUCACAGUUCCAGCAUAUUUCAAUGACUCUCAAAGACAGGCUACAAAGAAUUCUGGGAAACUAGUAGGCUUGGACGUAUUACGAGUCAUCAAUGAGCCAACAGCAGCAGCUUUAGCCUAUGGCUGUGACAAGUCAAGAGAGGAUGGGAUAAUCGCAGUAUUUGACCUUGGAGGCGGGACAUUCGACAUAUCUAUUUUGGAAAUAGAUGAAGGUGUGUUUGAAGUAAGAGCAACAAAUGGUAAUACACAUUUGGGAGGUGAAGAUUUUGACAUUGUCAUUAUGAAUUAUAUCUUGGAAAAUUUCAAGGCAGAAACAGGAAUUGAUUUAUCCGGUGAUAGAUUUGCUGUACAACGUAUUAAAGAAGCUGCAGAAAAAGCAAAAAUAGAGCUAGACCAUUCGGACGAGAUUGAAAUAAAUAUACCAUUCGUGUCCCAAGACAAGCACAUUAAGCAGACUUUGACAUCGCAAGAGUUCACCAAGAUGGUGAUGCCUAUUAUAGAAAAGACGAUCGACCCAGUCAAACGAUGUGUGCGAGACGCCGAAUUAAAAUUCAAGGAUAUUGAUGAGGUUUUGUUAGUUGGUGGAAUGACAAGAAUGCCCCAGAUCAGGAAAAUGGUACAGGACUUGUUUGGCAAAAAACCGAGUACUGCUGUGAACCCCGACGAAGCAGUUGCGUUAGGUGCAGCAAUUCAAGGUGCAGUAUUAUCCGGACAAGUUAAAAAUGUGGUAUUAUUGGAUGUUACACCAUUGUCAUUAGGGAUCGAGACUUAUGGGGGAAUUUUUACUCCACUAAUACCCCGUAACUCUGCUGUUCCAAUUAAAAAGGAGCAAAUGUUUUCCACAGCUGUAGACGGCCAAACGGGUGUUGAAAUAGGUGUUUAUCAAGGAGAAAGAACAUUGGUCAAAGACAACAAGCAUAUUGGCCAAUUCAAGCUUUCAAAUAUCCCGCAAGGACCAAAGGGGACUCCACAAAUUGCCGUGUCCUUUGAAAUAGAUGCCGAUGGUAUUAUAAACGUCAGUGCAACAGACAAGACACCAUAUCCAAAGGAUCUGGAACACUACGGGAAACCAAAUACCGUGGCAAUACAAGUAACUGAAGUUGGCUUGACCGAUGCGGAGGUCGAAAAAAUGAUCCAAGAAAGUAACCGGAACAAGAAAGCCGACGAGGAAAAGAAAAGGUUGUAUGAACAUGCUUCUCGUGCAGAAAUUUUAUGUACAGAUACGGAGACCGCAUUGAUCCAAUUCGGGGAAUUGAUGGAGGACGAAGAGAAGAAGACAAUAAAAGAGUAUGCCAAUACCAUCAAAGAAAUGAUUGAUGAAAUAAGAUCAGGAGAGAAAUUACAUCAUCCCAAUAUCCUAAACCAAAAAGUAAACGAAAUGCAAAAGACUUGCAUGGAGGCAAUACAGAAAGUAGCAUUAAAGCAGCAACAAGAUAAAGAGAGUAAAAAUUAG